AUGGAUGCAAACGGUGUCAAUUGCCGCCCAAGAGUCACCUCCAAUCGCCCAAAACUCACCCUUUACCACGUCCUCGUUGUCGGUUCAACGUCUAUUUUCGGGUUCUUCAAGGCUUGGCUGCCAUAUAAUGGCCAUUCAACAGUACCGAACACGUUAGAUUGGUUAUACGGGGUGGUGUUUUUCCUUCUCCGUCGCUAA